AUGUUAUCUCCGCGCCCAUUGUCUCCGAGCCCAUAUGAUCCCGUCCCAAACGACUCCCUCUGUUCAGAGGACUUUCUCCUCAACCCAGAUUCAUCGCCAGGGAAGUUGAAGUACGUUGGAAAUGGAAGAGGGGCUUUUGCAAAAGUGGACGAUGUGAAGUUUGUGGGUGAGGGCCGGGGUGACUAUGAUGUCGUUCAGGAAGCCAGUUGGUGGCGAAGGUGCUUGUGCUGGAUUACUUGCGCGUGCCUGCUGAUCGCACUUCUCAUUGCGGCGAUAAUCGUCUCAAGAAGUUACCAACACGCCUUAGCAGAUGUGGUGCCCCGCUACAGCUGUUACACCAGUGACGGCAGCUUGCCACCUCCCAACGCGCACAUGAUCCAGACCUGGUCAGUUCCGCAUCGCAUCUGGUGUUGUGACAAUGUGGGAGUCGGCUGUGAACCUGCCACAAGUGUGACAACAACCUUGAUGCCGACGACGUGGAUCAUGGUGCCAGUGCCGGAUUUCAAUCCGGGCUUCCUGGCGCCGCAUGGGCCCGGCGGACCUCCUGUUGUGCCUUUUGCGAUGCAAUUCCAUUGCCACGUGGGCAUCCCCGCCAGCUGGUCGCCGGAGCAGCUGGCCUUCUGCUGCGAGCGAACUCAGAUUGGCUGCCCAACUCCAGCGCCCGCAACGGUUCCACCGGAGCCAGACUGCGUUGUCUCGGCCGGCAACAAUCCUGUGGCAUGGCCUCCCAGCAAGCGAGAAUGGUGUUGCGUGCAGCAUCAGACUGGCUGUGUGCAGGAGGCACAGACUGUGCUGCCAACUGCGCUGCCUGUGGCUGCUGAGCUGUACGACUGCACCGAAGGGUAUGCCAAUUGGCCAGAAUGGCCGAGUGACAAGCAAUCCUGGUGUUGUGAACACCACUCCCGUGCUUGCCCAUCAGCGGCCGAACAAGCGUAUGACUGCUGCCUGGCUGCUUUAAACUGA